GCUAGCCAAACAGACCCCAAUGAAAACGGCGUCCACUCCCCAUCUCUUCCAUUUCCAGCCCAGCUUCCCCCUUCUCCUAUAAAUUCCAACCGCGCUUGCAUUCAGCUUCCCACACUUCUUCAAAAUCCCUUUCUUCAUCACUUUCCGGCGCAAAAUUAACCAGAGGGAUGGAGGGCAGCGACACCACAGCAACCACCAUCGGCCCGUCGUCGCCGAUCUCUCGCUCGCCUUCUUCCUCUUCUUCUCCCCCGCCGCCGCCGCCGCCGCUUCCUCCUCAACUCGUUGUCAGUCCUUGCGCCGCCUGCAAGAUCCUGCGGCGGAGAUGCGCCGAGAAAUGUGUUCUCGCGCCCUACUUUCCUCCCACCGAUCCUCUCAAGUUCACCACCGCGCAUCGCGUGUUUGGAGCCAGCAACAUUAUCAAGUUCUUGCAGGAGCUGCCAGAGGGUCAAAGGGCAGAUGCAGUGAGCAGCAUGGUGUAUGAGGCGAAUGCCAGGCUGAGAGAUCCCGUGUACGGAUGUGCAGGAGCCAUCUGCCAGCUGCAGAAGCAGAUCACAGAGCUGCAAGCGCAGCUAGCAAAGGCUCAAGCAGAGCUAGUGAACAUGCAGUGCCAGCAGGCCAACCUGGUGGCCGUCAUUUGCAUGGAAAUGGCACAAUCUCCAGUGCUACUCUCAUCAUCUCCCGAUCAUCAGCAGCAAUCUUUUGACAGCUUCAUGAGCAGCAGCUCUCAGAGUCAGAGUUUCCAGACCAAUCUGGGCUUCCUAGAUGACAACAAUCUUGGCUCAGUCUGGGAGCCUCUUUGGACAUGAUGAUCAUUGCAUUGGAAAUUAUUAAUUAUAAGGCAAUAUAUGAGAAUAUUAUGGCCAAAUGGUGUUCUCCUAACUCCAAGCUCUAAUUGCAACAGUAAUGGGAAGGGGAUGCUAAAGAUAUAUAUAUAUAUAUAUAUAAGAAUAAAGUAAGUUGAGAUUAAUGUUGUAUUUUUACUAGGAACAUAUAUAAUGCAGUUAACAAUUAAUUAUUAAUAUUGUAUGGAAAUUCUGAAGUCUUUGUUGCAAAGUCCAAUCUCAUGCCCAUUAUUGAAUCUAAUACAACUUUCAGGUUACCUAAUA